UUCACGGACAAAACUCCAGCAUUUCAAACUCAGCCCCCUUUUCUAAAAUCAAGCCAACCUGUUGCGUGUGACGGCGCUGAGGACAGGGUGUUGGCGUACUGUGUGGAGGAAAGUCGCUGCUUCUGGGUCAGAUAUCCGCCUUCUCGGGAGAAAUUUCCUCGUUUUUUGUCGUUGCUAAAUACACCGUGUGAGAGGUAAACAACCUGAAGCGUGAAGAUGUCAAAGAUCGGUGCUUUGGUGUUGAUGACACUUGUGUCCCUGGUGUUGGCGGAAGAACAGAACUUGGAAGAGGACCCAUUUACCUUUGACUACCACAGGCUGCGUGUUGGAGGCCUGAUUCUAGCCGCUGUCCUCUGUCUCAUUGGCAUCACCAUCCUGUUCAGUGGCCACUGCAGGUGCAAGUUCAACCAGGACAAGAGAAGGAGGACAGGAAGCAAUGCUCAGCAGAUGCUCUCCGACCAAGGUCGUUCCUGCGAAUGCUAGACGUCAACCAGAACACACACUUAAGUCCUGAACCUGCAACCAACAUAUAAAAUGGAGGAGCAGCAGUGGGAUUUGAUACAUCCAAGAAGAGGCUUUUAUUUUAUUGUUAAAGAGCAACAGAAAGUAGUCUGUGUGAACCGGCUGUGAGGUGUGAUGCUUUCUGCCUGAUAACUGAGCUACUGAUCUGCAGCCUGCAUUUUCACACACACAAACACACACUUGUAUACACAAGUUGUCACUUUCAUUUCAAUCAAGUGAACAAAUGUUUGGUAUUUAGAAGUGUAAGGUGUUUUGACAUGAAGAAACUAUGAUAUAAAGCCUUUUGAGAGUUUAUUCUCUAACUCAUGCUUUGUCGUUCACAGUUGAUUGAUCUGAAAGUGACCUCAUACAACAGUUAACACAAACUUAUUACCAAAAAGUUUCCAUCAAUGUCUCCCAUUACUUCUGUUGCCUGUAUUGUGUGUGUAAGGUAAACAACAAUUUAGAUAUUAGUCGCUUAAGUGACCAACCUAACCCAUUGUCCAUGCUUUCAUGUCACAUAUAUGAAAUCCACAUAGUCACGAGUGUUUAGAGUACUGUUGUUAAUUCAUGAUAAUCUGUUAAUUCCCAUGUUUAGCUUUAUGGAGGAAAGUAGUGGAUUGCACUGUUGAGAGAAACAGAAAUACUCUGUCAUGUUUCUAUAAAAAAUCUGUUGAAACAAACAACUA